GCACAGAGAAGUCCAAAGUUAAGGAUAAUUUAGGAUUAAGGCUUCUAUAGUUUAACUGUAAAUUGCUGUAUUUGCUCUGCAGAAUAUGUUUUGUUAGGGACAUGAGUGGUUGGGGGCUUGGCUAAUUGGCUUACAAAAGCAUUCAGGUUUGAGUGGCGAAUUUGUUUGGGAAGAGGACCAGGAUUAAAAUGCUCAGUGUUAAGACUUGUAUCAUUGGAAGAACAGAGUCAUAAAAGGGAAGUGAGAAAUAUGGUCUACUAUCUAGGUUGUUGCUGGCAGUUGGGGGAAAAAGACUCCCUAUCAAAGCUGUUUAAAUGAGAAUGUCCCUGGCGCAGAGAGUGCUGCUCACAUGGCUUUUCACAUUACUCUUCCUGAUCAUGUUGGUGUUAAAAUUGGAUGAUAAAGCACCAUGGAACUGGUUUCUUAUCUUUAUUCCAGUUUGGAUAUUUGAUACUAUCCUACUCGUUAUGCUAAUUGUAAAAAUGGCUGGGCGAUGUAAAUCUGGCUAUGACCCUCGCAAUGGUUCUCAAAAUGUAAAGAAAAAGGCCUGGUACCUCAUCGCAAUGCUGCUUAAAUUAGCUUUCUGCCUUGCCCUCUGCGCUAAACUGCAACAAUUUACUGAAAUGAAACUAGUGUAUGUCUUUAUCCCCUUAUGGGCCUUACUCAUGGGGGGAAUGAUUGAGCUUGGAUAUAACAUCUUCUACGUACGAAGAGACUAAGUUGUAACAAAACUUUUUCAAGUUGACCAGUAUCAAAUUACUGGAUCAUCCUAUCUUGGUACAAGCUUAAACUUCACACAGCAACUACAAAUGUCAGUCUGAAAAUUUUAUUUAAGACAGGCUGGUAUUAAAGUGGAUUUGUUCAGUUCUUAUUUUAGAACAGUCACAAAUAUCGUCAUGUAAAUAAAGUAUGUUUGACUUCA